GUACUUUUGACCUCGGUGGCUGCGAUGACAACGCGAGGCAUCACCGCGACAAGCGCCGUGGAAUUCCUUCGAAUCUGCGGGCAACUCAAGCGCUUGAAACGCACAGGCUGGGUCAACCAUCACGUGAAUGGCCCCGAGUCGGUUGCCGAUCACAUGUACCGCAUGGCGAUGUGCACGCUGCUGCUCGAUGGAGACUCGUCGUUGGACAAGACACGGUGCAUCAAGAUGGCCAUCGUGCACGACUUGGCGGAGUCGUUCGUCGGCGACAUCACUCCUCACGAUGGCGUGUCCAACGAAGAAAAGCAUCGCCUGGAACUGAAUGCCAUUGACAACAUUUGCAGCAGGCUCGGGCACUCGCAGGCUGCGUUGGAGAUCAAAGAAUUGUGGCACGAAUACGAAGACGCCACGUCCGACGAAGCGAAAUUGGUCAAAGAUUUCGAUAAAUUCGAAAUGAUUUUGCAAGCCGACGAGUACGAAGGCGCUCAAGACAACCUUCAACUGGACCAGUUCUUUGCGGGUACCCAAGGCAAGUUCAAGACGCCCCUGGUACAGUCAUGGGUCGCCGAGCUCGACGCGCAGCGCCACCGUCGACGUACGGCGUCCACACCCAAAGCGCCAACGACAACCUCUUAACAUAGCCAUAGUAUAUGAACCAGACUCGUGUUAUUAUGACCAA